AUGGAGCAUGAUGCACACAAUGAAGGCUCCCGCCGGCGAGAUCGUAUUAUGGGAAAGCUGUUUGGCGGUGGUGGCGGUAGCACUUCUAGGGAGAGAAAAAUGACCAACGAAGAGAGUGCAAACGAGAUUUCCGACUUUCUAGGCACUUCGGACCGCUUGAUGGUCUCCCAUCCUGUCCCCCCGCCACCGGCCACAGUUCCAAGAGGCCCACCAUCUCUUGCUCUCGAUACUACCAAGGCCAGCCGAUUCCCGGGGGCUCUGGAGGUAGAAAAUAGAUCCCAACAAGCUGCAUCCCAACGAGCACGGUCACAUAGUCCACCGCGGCCAAAAAAGAAGAAGAACCGCUCUGUUCGAUUCGCCGAUACGUAUCCCGAGAUCAUUGGUGAAGGUGGUGACGAAUGCCCCACGGCGGUGAUGGAGAUUGGCAAAAAGAAGAGGUCUAAGUCAGCACCAAUCUCAGCACCUAUCCCACCUACAAAGGAGGGCCAUCAGUAUGCGAGACAAGUUGGGGCUUUUCAGGAAGUUUCACAAAAAAACGACGAGUUUAUACCCGGCCCGUUACGCAGAACACAGACCGGGUUUUCAAUGUUCGAAUCUAGUUCAGACGAGGCAGAUCAGGCUCCCGUCUCUUCUCCUGAGCCGCCCAAGCCGCGUGCUAUCCCUGCGGGCGAACCAGCCCGAUCCCGCUUCUUGGAUACCGAUUCUCGAAAAGACGAGAAUCGUCGAUCGUUUGUGGAAAUUCGUCAACAUGAGCAGCGGCAGGCUGAGGGAAUGGCAUUUGCAGAAGCAAUGAGGACUGCCAGCGCUAAUUCGCACCAUGAGUGGGAUGACCCUAACUCAUCUCCUGAACCCGUGCGGGAAUUGUCCAUUCGCCAGAAGCAAGGGCCGUUGCCAACAGCGCAGGAACCGAAGUCCUUCCCUGAAAGAACUAAGUCUGCCCGGGAUGCGCCUUCACUACAGGAAUCGGUCUCCAAUGUGUUACGAACUCAGUCUACCAGAACUCCAUUAAAGCCAUCGCCGAUACCACCAAAUCAAUCCACUAGGUCACCUCAACCACCCCCUUACAGUGAAGACCCGCCCCAGAUUAAUACUUUACCUUCAUUACCUACGCAUGACCCAUUGCCAGAUUUCGAUCUGGCAUCAAUUCACUCACAGCGAGCAAUUUCACCAGACGAGACGCGGGUCAUGAAACGCCACACUGGCGACAGCCCCUCCUCGUUGUAUUCGAACCCGGCUCAUUUAGCGGACUACACUCAUAAAGCUACGCCGACUACGCAGAAUCCUACUUCACGUGAAUUUUCCCCAUCAUCACCAGUGCGAACUCAUCGAAGCGUCCGCCGGGACCCGGUAGCUCCAGCAGCGCCUGAUGAUGCUCUAGAGCUUUUCGUUGCCCGUACGAAGCACUUGUACGAGCUAUUUCGACUCCACGCGGAACAAUUCAGGCCACUGGGAACUUCUAGGCCUGAAGAUAUGUGCCGGGCUGCGCUGUGGUGGUUCUUGAAAGGAAGAACUUCGCUAGAGACAAUCAUUAGGAGUCGUCCAGCUAACCCGGACGAAACUCGACUUCUGAUAGCGAGGUAUCAAGCUUACACCGACCUGGCAAAAGGUUAUUGGCUGCUAGAGCAUGCACUUCCUGAGAUUGCCGAAGGCAAAUACAGCCCUGUCGAUGGGGAACUAGGUGAUGUAAGACAAACCCUGGUAUCUAACUUGAGGAAACUGUCGGGUUCCAUGAAGCGUAACGGCUAUCUGCCGCCUGAGGAACCCUUUUUACCCCAGACUAUGGAUAAAUCUAUCUGGGUAGAAUACCCCUCGGUAAGCCAAGAUAUCAUCGCACUUCUUAACGGAGUAUGGGGCUCAGCGCUCGCUACUAUGAACAAAUCAACUCGUUCUAUGGAUGCCCUCGACGCCUUUCCUCUCGGUGAUACGACCAAAUACUUUAAUUUUGGCCGGGUAAUGGCAGAAGUAUACCUCAUGGAGCAGGGUAUGGACUCGAACCAAGCUCGCUUUCCUUGCAUGUUGACAGUUGUUCGGUCACAGACUGAGUCAAACUUGAACUUCAUCAUUGCCAGCCAGAAUAGUUCCGUCUCGUUGCGAAUACAGUCAGAUAAGAAUGCGGGUCCAACAUGGAAAGAUGUUAGAUGGAGACCAGAAUCUUCUGCACUAGAUAUCAAACUACCUCGAGGGUUUAUGCUGGAAGUCCAGUGCUCCCAGCAAGAUUUUAAAUUAUUAUGGAGUAUGUACGAGUUCAGUUCGAAAGUUCAAGCCUAUCUAUACCCACGAAAAGAUGAGGCCGUGAAGCACACUACUACCCUCGCUGCUUUCCACUACAUGGAUUCCAACCCCCAAGGGAGGACAUUCCCCAAGGAACCAGUAGGGCAAUGCGAACUUGGAUUGUUCGAAAAGCUCUUAAAGGAAAGUAGCCCGACAGGACCCAGGACAUUCCAUCGAGGUCUUCGACUUGCUAUUGUCACCGGGCCAAGAAUAAGGACACUCAGCGGAGUAUCCCACUACUUCCCACUACAACUUCCCAUCCAAUUCACCUUCCUCAGGGGUGACCAACGCGCGCCUGCUCUUCAAUUGGAUUUCAACGAUGGGAAGGACAGGGGACGAAUGAUUCUGACAUUUGAGGAUGACGAGGAACGCGAGACGGUGAUGAAGUUGAUUACUGGAACCUAUAUCAACGACGACGAGACCAUCAUGGCCGAAGUCCCAUUGGAAGGCAUGAACAUGUCAGAUGGACUCGACAAUACCAAGGGAGGUUUCCCAGCUGUCCAGCGGCUACCAUGGCAGCGCGCGCGCAUCAUCAAUGAAAAAUAUGGAGGAGAUGCGGUGCCGACAGUAUUAGCAGAGAAACUCAGAGUUGAAGUUGAGUCGUUGGACAAGGGUGGAGUUGGCGUGGUUAGCACCAUCACAGAUCGAGUCAAUGUUGCGCCCGGGGAGUUGAAACUUAGGCUGGGGACGAAAGACAUUUUGACGUUGCAAGUUAUGCGACAGCCGCAGCUCGACUUGACGGUAUCGAUACUAGAAACACACGUACCGCCAGAAUCGUUCCGCGAGUUCGCGGCUUUGGAGAAUAGCGUUCAUCGCUCCCAAACCAUCAGAACUUAUAGGUUCCCUAGUUUCAAGGAUCUGCACGCAUUCCAAGCAGGGUUGACAGGCUAUUCAGUACUCUUCGAUGGGGUAGCCGCCAGCCUCAACAUCUCGCGACGGAGGAUGGUGGUCCCUGUGUACAAGAAGUGGGAAGCCGGGACCACACGAGUACAAGUAGUGCAGCAGGACAAAACGGUGCAGCUGCUAGCAUUUUUCGAGGACUGGCAUCAUGGGCAAUGCAUGGGUUUUGUGCUCAAGGGUACAGACGUAUUUGAGUCCAUAAACCGGAAUGGGAAGUCGGGCUUGAAACUAGCUGACGCCAAGUUCCCGCUUCCGCGAGUUCCGCACGAAGGUGGUGCCAAGUCUGAUGACAUGGCGUUCCUAUCUCUAGAUAUGCCGGAUUUUGCUGGUGAGCAUGAUGACAUAACGAUAUUAUUCGAAGAUACUUUUGAGAGAGAUAGACUUUGUUCGGUUCUACCCGCCCCGGUCAAGGGGUCGCGACUAAGUAGAGGGAAAUAG